GCGACCAGAGAGGGUAGAGCAACAAAGUUCGCGGAUCUCUUGCCAGGGUCUCCUCCUCAUCGAGGCAAUGGCUUCUAAACUUCUGCGAGCAGUCAUCCUCAGGCCGCCAGGCUCGGGGAAAGGCACCGUGUGCCAGAUGAUUGCCCAGAACUUUAUCUUGCAGCACCUCUCCAGCGGCCACUUCUUGCGGGAGAACAUCAAGGCCAACACGGAAGUUGGUGGUAUGGCCAAGAAAUACCUAGAGAGAGGCCUUUUGGUCCCAGAUCAUGUCAUUACACGCCUGAUGCUCUCGGAGCUGGAGAGCAGGAGUGGCCAGCACUGGCUUCUGGACAGCUUUCCGAGGACACUAGUACAGGCUGAAGCUUUAGACAAAAUUUGUGACCUGGAUCUAGUGAUCACUUUGAACAUUCCGUUUGAGACAUUGAAAGAUCAGCUCAGCCGUCCUUGGAUUCACCCUCCCAGCAGAAGAGUGUAUAAUAUGGACUUCAACCCGCCUCAUGUGCAUGGAAUUGAUGACAUCAUGGGAGAAGCAUUAAUCCAACAACAGAAAGAUAAGCUUGAAGCAGUUGCUGCCCAGCUAAGACGGUAUAAGGACGCUGCCAAGCCAGUCAUUGAGCUAUACAAGAGCCGAGGAGUGCUCCACCAGUUUUCGGGGACAGAGACUAAUAAAAUAUGGCCUUAUGUUUACACACUUUUCUCAAAUAAGAUCACACCUAUUAAAUGCAGACAGGCAUUCUGAGCUUGCUCAGUGGAAGAACCAGGAAGAUGUGGUCAUUCAUUCAAUUGUGUGUAGUAUUGGUGCCGUGUCCAACUUGGAAGUUAGCUGCGACAGCUUCCAGCAUCUUUUCUAGUUUACAUGGUGAAGCGAUAGGAAAACUGAGUAGAAAGAGCUCACAACAAGGCCCUCCUGCCUUUGAAGUGUCUCCUUCCACAUGUGGCCAGCCCUUCCCAAGGAAGUAAAGGCUGGUAUUGAGGUGGUGAAUAACCUGAGCUCCAGCUGACUUCUGAUGGCCGUCUUGCUGCCAUAGCAGCCUCCUUUUACCCACAAUGGCAGUAUUUCCUGGUUUUUCCCAUGCCCCAUGGCUGUUGAACCACAUAUGUGAUGCGUCCCAGGCUUUGUCUCAGGUACUAGCAGAUGUGUUGUCCUAAUGACAACGGAAUUGAAACUGUUGUUCUCAGUGGGUGAUUCUCUGAUUAUGUUGUUUUCCCGAGUAAGAGUGAUUCCU